UUUAACCCUGCAUGGUUGUGUAAUGGUAUUCUUUUUCCCUUUUGUAGUAAGCUGUGCUAGAACAAAAAUGCAAUGAAAGAAACACUGGAUGAAUGAAAAGCCCUGCUUUGCAACCCCUCAGCAUGGCAGGCCUGCAGCUCAUGACCCCUGCUUCCUCACCAAUGGGUCCUUUCUUUGGACUGCCAUGGCAACAAGAAGCAAUUCAUGAUAACAUUUAUACGCCAAGAAAAUAUCAGGUUGAACUGCUUGAAGCAGCUCUGGAUCAUAAUACCAUCGUCUGUUUAAACACUGGCUCAGGGAAGACAUUUAUUGCAGUACUACUCACUAAAGAGCUGUCCUAUCAGAUCAGGGGAGACUUCAGCCCAAAUGGAAAGAGGACUGUGUUCUUGGUCAACUCUGCGAACCAGGUUGCUCAACAAGUGUCAGCUGUCAGAACUCAUUCAGAUCUAAAGGUUGGGGAAUACUCAAACCUAGAAGUGAAUUCAUCUUGGACAAAAGAGAGAUGGAACCAAGAGUUUACUAGGCACCAGGUUCUCAUUAUGACUUGUUCUGUCGCCUUGAAUGUUCUGAAAAAUGGGUACUUAUCAUUAUCAGACAUUAAUCUCCUGGUAUUUGAUGAGUGUCAUCUUGCGAUUCUAGACCACCCCUAUCGAGAAAUUAUGAAGCUCUGUGAAAAUUGUCCUUCAUGUCCUCGCAUUUUGGGACUAACUGCUUCCAUUUUAAAUGGGAAAUGUGAUCCAGAGGAAUUAGAAGAAAAGAUUCAGAAACUGGAGAAAAUUCUUAAGAGUAAUGCGGAAACUGCAACGGACCUGGUGGUGUUAGACAGAUACACUUCUCAGCCAUGUGAGAUUGUGGUGGAUUGUGGACCAUUUACUGACAGAAGUGGGCUUUAUGAAAGACUGCUGAUGGAAUUAGAAGAAGCACUUAAUUUUAUCAAUGACUGUAAUGUAUCUGUACAUUCAAAAGAAAGAGAUUCUACUUUAAUUUCUAAACAGAUUCUAUCAGAUUGUCGUGCAGUAUUGAUAGUUCUGGGACCCUGGUGUGCAGAUAAAGUAGCUGGAAUGAUGGUAAGAGAACUUCAGAAAUAUAUCAAACAUGAACAAGAGGAGCUGCACAGGAAGUUUUUAUUGUUUACAGACACUUUCCUAAGGAAAAUACAUGCACUGUGUGAAGAGCACUUCUCACCUGCCUCACUUGACCUGAAAUUUGUAACUCCUAAAGUAAUAAAACUGCUUGAAAUCUUGCGCAAAUAUAAACCAUAUGAGCGACAGCAGUUUGAAAGUGUUGAGUGGUACAAUAAUAGGAAUCAGGAUAAUUAUGUGUCUUGGAGUGAUUCUGAGGAUGAGGAUGAGGAUGAAGAAAUUGAAGAAAAAGAAAAGCCAGAGACAAAUUUUCCUUCUCCAUUUACCAAUAUUUUAUGUGGAAUUAUUUUUGUGGAAAGAAGAUACACAGCAGUUGUCCUAAACAGAUUGAUAAAGGAAGCUGGCAAACAAGAUCCAGAGCUGGCUUAUAUCAGCAGCAACUUUAUAACUGGACAUGGCAUUGGGAAGAAUCAGCCUCGGAACAAACAGAUGGAAGCAGAGUUCAGAAAACAGGAAGAGGUACUUAGGAAAUUUCGAGCACAUGAGACCAACCUGCUCAUUGCAACAAGUAUUGUAGAAGAAGGUGUUGAUAUACCAAAGUGCAACUUGGUGGUUCGUUUUGAUUUGCCCACAGAGUAUCGAUCCUAUGUUCAGUCCAAAGGAAGAGCAAGGGCACCAAUCUCUAAUUACAUAAUGUUAGCAGAUACAGACAAAAUAAAAAGUUUUGAAGAAGACCUUAAAACCUACAAAGCUAUUGAAAAGAUCUUGAGAAACAAAUGUUCCAAGUCAGUUGAUACUGGCGAGACUGACGUUGAUUCUGUCGUGGAUGAUGAUGAUGUUUUCCCACCAUAUGUGUUGAGGCCUGAUGACGGGGGUCCCCGAGUUACAAUCAACACGGCCAUUGGACACAUCAAUAGGUACUGUGCUAGGUUACCAAGUGAUCCGUUUACUCAUCUAGCUCCCAAGUGUAGAACCCGAGAGUUGCCUGAUGGUACAUUUUAUUCAACUCUUUAUCUGCCGAUUAAUUCACCUCUUCGAGCCUCCAUUGUUGGUCCACCAAUGAGCUGUGUACGAUUGGCUGAAAGAGUUGUAGCGCUCAUUUGCUGUGAAAAACUGCACAAAAUUGGUGAACUGGAUGAACAUUUGAUGCCAGUUGGGAAAGAGACUGUUAAAUAUGAAGAGGAGCUUGAUUUACAUGAUGAAGAGGAGACCAGUGUUCCAGGGAGACCAGGUUCCACAAAACGAAGGCAGUGCUACCCCAAAGCAAUUCCAGAGUGUUUAAGGGACAGUUACCCUAAACCCAGUCAGCCUUGUUACCUGUAUGUGAUAGGAAUGGUCUUAACUACUCCAUUACCCGACGAGCUCAACUUCAGAAGGCGGAAGCUCUAUCCCCCGGAAGAUACCACGAGGUGCUUUGGGAUACUGACAGCCAAACCCAUACCUCAGAUUCCGCACUUUCCUGUAUACACACGCUCUGGAGAAGUUACCAUAUCCAUUGAGUUGAAGAAAUCUGGCUUCACUUUGUCUCUGCAAAUGCUUGAGUUGAUUACAAGACUUCACCAGUAUAUAUUCUCACAUAUUCUUCGGCUUGAAAAACCUGCACUAGAAUUUAAACCUACAGAUGCUGAUUCAGCAUACUGUGUUCUACCUCUUAAUGUUGUUAAUGACUCCAGCACUUUGGACAUUGACUUUAAAUUUAUGGAAGAUAUUGAGAAAUCCGAAGCUCGCAUAGGCAUUCCCAGUACAAAGUAUUCAAAAGAAACGCCAUUUGUUUUUAAAUUAGAAGAUUACCAAGAUGCAGUCAUCAUUCCAAGAUACCGUAAUUUUGAUCAGCCUCAUCGAUUUUAUGUAGCUGAUGUGUACACUGACCUUACUCCACUCAGUAAAUUUCCUUCCCCUGAGUAUGAAACUUUUGCAGAAUAUUAUAAAACAAAGUAUAAUCUUGACCUGACCAAUCUCAACCAGCCACUGCUAGAUGUGGACCACACAUCGUCCAGACUUAAUCUUUUGACACCUCGGCAUUUGAAUCAGAAGGGGAAAGCGCUCCCGCUAAGCAGUGCUGAAAAGAGAAAAGCCAAAUGGGAAAGUCUGCAGAAUAAACAGAUACUGGUUCCAGAACUCUGUGCUAUCCAUCCAAUUCCAGCAUCACUAUGGAGAAAAGCAGUUUGUCUCCCCAGCAUACUUUAUCGCCUUCACUGCCUUUUGACUGCAGAGGAGCUGAGAGCCCAGACAGCUAGUGACGCUGGUGUGGGAGUCAGGUCACUUCCUGCAGAUUUUAGAUACCCUAAUUUAGACUUCGGGUGGAAAAAAUCUAUUGACAGCAAAUCUUUCAUCUCAAUUUCUAAUUCUUUGGCUGAAAAUGAUAAUUACUGUAAGCAUAGCACAUUUGUAGUCCCUGAAAAUGCUGCACAUCAAGGUGCUAAUAGAACCUCCUUAGAAAAUCAUGACCAAAUGUCUGUGAACUGCAGAACGUUACUCAGCGAGUCAUCUGGUAAGCUCCAAAUUGAAGUUUCGACAGAUCUUACAGCAAUUAAUGGUCUUGCAUACAAUAAAAAUCUGGCUAAUGGCAGUUACAAUUUAGCUAACAGAGACUUUUGCCAAGGAAAUCAGCUGAAUUACUACAAGCAGGAAAUACCUGUACAACCAACUACCUCAUAUUCCAUUCAGAAUUUAUACAAUUAUGAGAACCAGCCCAAGCCCAGUGAUGAAUGUACUCUACUGAGUAAUAAAUACCUUGAUGGAAAUGCUAACAAAUCUACCUCAGAUGGAAGUCCCGAGAUGGCUGCCAUGCUCGGUACAACAGAUGCUUUUCAAGUGCUCAAGGACAGGAUGGAUUCUGAGCGGAGCCCUGCUCUUGGGUACUCCUCAAGGACUCUUGGCCCCAAUCCUGGACUGAUUCUUCAGGCUCUGACUUUAUCCAAUGCUAGUGAUGGGUUCAACCUGGAGCGGCUUGAAAUGCUUGGUGACUCCUUCUUAAAGCAUGCCAUCACCACAUACCUAUUUUGCACUUACCCCGAUGCUCAUGAGGGCCGCCUUUCAUAUAUGAGAAGCAAAAAGGUCAGCAACUGUAAUCUCUAUCGCCUUGGCAAAAAGAAGGGACUGCCCAGCCGCAUGGUGGUGUCAAUAUUUGAUCCCCCUGUGAAUUGGCUUCCUCCUGGUUAUGUAGUAAAUCAAGACAAAAGUAACACUGAUAAAUGGGAAAAAGAUGAAAUGACAAAAGACUGCAUGUUGGCUAAUGGCAAACUGGACGACGAGUAUGAGGAGGAGGAGGAAGAAGAGGAGGAAGAGGAGGAGGAGGAGGAGGAGGAAGAGGACCUGAUGUGGAGGGCUCCAAAGGAGGAAGCUGAAUAUGAAGAUGACUUCCUGGAGUAUGAUCAGGAACAUAUCAAGUUUAUUGAUAACAUGUUAAUGGGAUCAGGAGCUUUUGUAAAGAAAAUUUCUCUUUCUCCUUUUUCAACCACUGAUUCUGCAUAUGAGUGGAAAAUGCCCAAAAAAUCCUCCAUAGGUAGUAUGCCGUUUUCAUCAGACUUUGAGGAUUUCGACUACAGCUCUUGGGAUGCAAUGUGCUAUCUGGAUCCUAGCAAAGCUGUUGAAGAGGAUGACUUCGUGGUGGGGUUCUGGAAUCCAUCAGAAGAAAACUGUGGUGUUGACACAGGAAAACAGUCCAUUUCUUAUGACUUGCACACCGAGCAGUGCAUUGCUGACAAAAGCAUAGCGGACUGUGUGGAAGCUCUGCUGGGCUGCUAUUUAACCAGCUGUGGCGAGAGGGCUGCUCAGCUUUUCCUCUGUUCACUGGGGCUGAAGGUGCUCCCGGUAAUUAAAAGGACUGGUCGGGAAAAGGCCCUGUGCCCUGCUCUGGAGAAUUUCAGCAGCCAACAAAAGAGCCUUUCAGGGAGCUAUGCCUCUGUGGCUGCGGCCAGCUCAUGCUCCUCUGCAUGGAAAGACUUGGAGUACGGCUGUUUGAAGAUCCCACCCAGGUGUAUGUUUGACCAUCCAGAUGCAGAUAAAACCCUGACUCAUCUUAUAUCAGGAUUUGAAAACUUUGAGAAGAAAAUCAACUACAGAUUCAAGAAUAAGGCUUACCUUCUGCAGGCUUUUACCCAUGCUUCCUAUCACUACAACACUAUCACUGAUUGUUACCAGCGCUUAGAAUUCCUGGGAGAUGCGAUCUUGGACUACCUCAUAACCAAGCACCUUUACGAGGACCCACGGCAGCACUCACCUGGGGUCCUGACUGACCUGCGCUCCGCGCUGGUCAACAACACCAUCUUCGCGUCCCUGGCUGUGAAGUACGACUACCAUAAGUACUUCAAAGCUGUUUCUCCCGAGCUCUUCCACGUCAUUGAUGACUUUGUGCAGUUUCAGCUUGAGAAGAACGAGAUGCAAGGGAUGGAUUCUGAGCUUAGGAGAUCCGAGGAGGAUGAAGAGAAGGAAGAGGACAUUGAAGUCCCAAAGGCCAUGGGGGAUAUUUUCGAAUCACUCGCUGGUGCCAUUUACAUGGAUAGCGGGAUGUCACUGGAAAUGGUCUGGCAGGUGUACUAUCCUAUGAUGAGGCCGCUAAUAGAAAAGUUUUCUGCAAAUGUGCCCCGUUCCCCUGUGCGAGAAUUACUUGAAAUGGAACCAGAAACUGCCAAAUUUAGCCCGGCUGAGAGGACUUACGAUGGGAAGGUCAGAGUCACCGUGGAAGUAGUGGGAAAGGGGAAAUUUAAAGGUGUUGGCCGAAGUUAUAGGAUUGCCAAAUCUGCAGCAGCACGAAGAGCCCUACGAAGCCUCAAAGCUAAUCAACCUCAGGUUCCCAACAGCUGAAGCCCCUUUUAAAAACAGCCCCCCAAAAAACAGGAUUAAGGGGAAAUAUUUGAAUCAGAAGGGUGAUUUAAAAUGGAUGUUGAGCAGAAUGAAUUGAAAGCAGAAUUUAAAAUCUGUUUGGUAACAAGAUAGAUGACAGAAUAAAACAUUUAACGUAUGUAUAAAACUUUUGGAACUAAUUGUAGUUUUAGUUUUUUGCGCAGACACAAUCUUGUCUUCUUUCCUCACUUCUGCUUUGUUGAAAUCACAAGAGUGCUUUAAUGGUGACAUUUAGCAAAUGGUCAGAAUAAUUAUUGACAGGUUUUGGUUUUGGUUUUGUUUUAUUUUGUUUUCUGUGUGUGUGUGUGUGUGUGUGUGUGUACUUUCUGUCUGCUUUGCUUUGUGUUAAGGAUGCCAUGGAGCUUAAACUUCACAACGGCCCCUAGAUUGAGUAGAGCCUCUGAACACCCCUGCAUCUGUGCCAUGGUGCCAGUCCUGUGAUCGUUGGAAAGCCCAGUAGAACAAUAUGGUUUGCAAGAGCUAUGUGCCAGCGUUGUCUUCUUUCCGUGUUACCUUGUGUAAGGAUGUUCCUGGUCGCUAUUGCACUUGACAGUAAGGGACAGAUUCUCAUUCAACAUUGGCUGGCAUGUUGGUGUAUCAAAUUUGAGUUUUCCGAUGCCACAUAGUCUUGCAUAACAAAGGUUCUUGCCUUAAAAGUAAAAUCUUCAUGGGUAUUUUUUUUUAAUUUCUGACCUUUUGGAAUGAACUAUUUUAUAUUCCCUUCAUUUUUCAUGCAUUAGAUGUUGAGACAGUAAUAUUUAUAGUCGCCAGUGUCAUUGUACCUUAAAUUAUUACAGGAUUAUACUAGCAUUUCUGUCAUGUGUACUGAAGACAUUUGAACAACCAGAAUAUGUAGUCUUUGGAUUUUCUUAAACGUCAUAAUAAAAUGGAUCUUUGGUUAAAUACUCAGUUUUGGUAAAAGCCCCUGUUAGGUAGUUCCACUGGUGGAAAUGUUUGUGGCAAAUUUUGCCCUGUAGGCUGUUGUUCUAACAAAAUAAACCUUAGACAUAUCACACCUAAAAUAUGCUGCAGAUUUUAUAAUCGAUUGGUUACUUAGUUAAACAAAACAGAGCACCUUUACCUUAGUCUUCUCACAUAAGUUUCUUAACUGUGCUUUUCAUAUGUUGCAUGCGUAUUUCACCUACCAAAGCUGUGCUGUUAAUGCCAUGGAAGUUUAACGAAGUUUGAGAUAAACUGCCAUAAUUUUGAUACAUCUGUGAUUUAGGUUAUUAAUUUAGAUAAACUAGCUCAUUAUUUCCAUCCUGGGAAAAAAGGAAAAAGACAAAAAAACAUUUUUAGGCAUUUGCCUAAGUUUCUUUAAUUAGACUUGUAGGGCACUCUUCACUUAAAUACCUCAGUUCUUUUCUUUUGCAUGCAUUUUUUUCCCCUGUUGGUGCUAUGUUUAUGUAUUAUGCUUGAAAAUGUAAUUUUUUUUUUUUUUGCACUGUAACUAUAAUACCUCUUAAUUUACCUUUUCAAAGCUGUGGGUCAGUCUUGCACUCUCAUCAAUGUACCAGUAGAGGUUUGCUGCAAUUUACCCCAUUAAUUAUGCUUGAAGUUUAAGAAAGCUGAGCAGAGGUCUCGUUUUCCAGCACAAUGUUCUGAAGUUGAUGCUUCAUGUAAUGCUGCAUUUGUGUUUUAAAUUACAGUUGAUUUUUCCUGCACCAUCCACCUUCAGAGAAACGCCUGUGUGCACACAGAGAAACUGUUGGCUCUGCUUUCGGAGGGGCCCUGGGUGAAGGGGGUGUUGAGCCUUCUCCAAGGUUAACUUGUUAUCUCUGACCUUAAAUUUAAAUU